UGAGCAAACUCUUUUUUCUUUUAUACCAUGAAAUCCAAAUAAAGAAUACUUGGUUUUGUUUUUAUCUGUUUUGGUCAUAUAUUUCGUUUCUGUCCUAAUAUCUUAUAAGAUGAUUUCCACACUAUUGAGACCUAAUAAUAGUGAAAUUUUGCUUAAAUCUUUAAUCAAGACCUGUGUUACUGCUAACAAAUAUCAAAUAAGAUCUUUUAGGACUUCAAUAAAUUUAUAUACCAAUAUUAAUUCAAAUAAUGAGUUGAAAAACUCUGCCUUAAACUCACAUUCCCACAAUACUAUUUCAGCUUCUCAUUCACACUCUCACUCUCAGUCCCCUUCAUAUUCGCAUUCCCACACAAACCAAAAUAGCUCUGAGCUUGGUUAUAAUGAUAAUGAACAUGUUCAUUUGAAGCAGUCUGAAACUGAUGCAAAUGAUUCUGCUAUAUUUGGGGUAAAAGGUGGUUAUAAGUAUCUUAAUGACGCAAAUAAUCUAAGCGAGUCCGAGUUUAUACCUCAUGUAAAUUCACUUUCGCAUUCACAUUCCCACUCACAUUCUCAUUCUCAUGGUCCUUCAUUGUUGCUAACAUCAAAUAAAUCACAAAUUUUAACUAAUCCCAGUGUUAGGAUAACAUGGUUAGGUCUACUAUCAAACGUUGGUAUGAUUAUUGGUAAAGGUAUAGGUGGUAUAGUUUAUAAUUCUCCCUCCCUAAUAGCUGAUUCCAUUCACUCAGUCUCAGAUCUAAUUUCAGAUUUUUUAACUCUAUUGACUGUUAACUUUGGUUUAAGAUCCCCCAGCACUAAAUAUCCUAAUGGUUAUGGUAAAAUUGAAACUUUGGGCUCUUUAGCUGUAUCUGCACUUUUAUUAAGUGCCGGUCUUAAAAUUGGUUGGUCUUCCACUGUUGCAAUUCUAGGCCCAGUUUUACCAACUUUAAUGUUUGAACUAAAUUCAACUUUUCAAUCUUUGCUUUCCUUAAUUUCUACCUCUCCAUCACAUCAAAUUACUCCUGUUGCUCAUCCUACAACAUCAAUAAUUCAUGAGAUUCCAAAUAUAAAUGCUGCGUGGAUAGCUGGUGGCUCUAUUUUAGUCAAAGAAUGGCUAUUUCGUGCCACUAAAAAAAUAGCUAUAGAGACAAAAUCAAACGUCUUAUUAGCAAAUGCCUGGCACCAUAGAGUAGACUCUUUAACUUCGGUUGUUGCUUUAGUGACUAUAACAUCUAGUUAUUUUUUGAAUAUCACUUGGUUGGAUAACGUUGGAAGUUUAAUUGUCUCAUUUAUGAUUAUCAGACCCGGUUACGAUGGUAUUAAAAGCUCUCUUUUAGAAUUAGUUGACACUGCACUUCCUGCCACUCAUCCAGAUUACAUCCAAGUUGAAAAUGAUAUUAAUGAAAUUUUACUUAAACUUGUUAGUAACAAUAAUGGGGAAUCUUACAGAAUUGGGGAGCUCAGUAUGAUUGGCAGUGGUCCAAAUACUAUCAUUACAAAUUUAAAAUUGGUUGUUCCUCACCAAAAAUGGGAUAAUAAACUUGAUAUUAAAGAAUUUGAAAAUGUUUCCAAAAUUCUUAGAACAAGGCUUGUUGAAAAAAAUAAGUCUAUUAAAAGAUGCUCAAUAGAAUUUAUUGAAGAAGAAGAAUUUGUACUUGAAAAGGCUUCAAAUAAAAAAUAAUAAAAAUAAUUGAUUAAAAGACUAAAGAAAUAUUGAGUCUCAUUACAAAAGUAGUAAAAUUAUUUACUACAAGCUUUUCCGUA